UGGAACGCUAAAUUCACAAUGUCGUAGUUGUGUUCAUAAAUUUCAAAAUUAAACGAUAGAUUAGAGUGAUCGGUACUUGUAUAAUAAAUAAAAUGGAGCAUAAAGUAGUUCAAUUGUUUAGUGUAAUUAUAUGUUUACUCGUCUGCAAUUUUUUUUAUUCAGAAUCUGCAUUCGCCACGGAUUCGAUACAUUUUUUAAAACCAGAAGAUGUUUUUGAAAACGACAAAGCUGGAUUACAAAUAUUUUGUCACAAUGCCAAUACAAAAUAUUUGAUACACAUAUGGAGAAGUUUAACCAUGCAUUUAAACACCAAUAUAGAUAAUUAUGAUCUUUACGAUGGAAAAACUCCACAAGAAGUUGUACAAAUGCACGAUGAUAAUCAGCGAUCUUGGCGCUUUAAUUUGUUUGGUACAAAAAAGAGUAAUAAAUUAAAAAUAAAUCCGUUCGAGGAUAUAUGCAUAGGCGUGUACAUAUAUCCUUCCAACACACACAAAUAUACAAUGAGCAUGACACAGACACGUGUCGACAUCUUGAAAUUAAUGUUAACGGUGCUAGGUGCUAUGAUAUAUUGGAACGCUCGCAGAUUAAGUAGAAAUCCCUUAUUUUAUUAUUUAUGCGGGAUCAUGCUUGGAAUAACUACCUCGAUUAUAAUAUUAGUAUAUUUUACUAGCAAACUAUUACCAAGGGGUAAAAUUAUGUAUUUGAUGGUUGCUACUGGUUGGACAAUGAGCUUUUACAUUUUACAAGCGUUAUGGGAAAACGCGCACCUGAUCGCAGUACAGUAUAGGGAAAUUGUCACAUGGUAUAUCUUAGGAACAUCUUUUAUCAGUUUUGUUGUUUGCUAUCGUUUUGGUCCAGUUACAAACGCAAGAACAAAAAAACUUAUCGAAUGGUUUUUGCAGAUAGGGGGAUUAAUUGCAAUAUAUUAUAGCAGUUAUUUCCGCGAAGCAUCAUUUUUCUGUUGUAUCGUAAUGAUUCUCCUUUAUAAUUUUCCGAUUGUUUUAAUUCAAAAAGGAAGGAGUUACUGGAAGAAUAUGUUUCCUGAAAGGAGAAAGUUAUUAACCGAGGAUCAAUAUCGUAAAGAAGGUAUAAGGGAAACUAAUAAAGCGUUAGACGAGCUAAAAGGAUACUGUUCUAGUCCUGAAUGUAAUCCGUGGAAGACAGUUCUAAGAUUAAAGGAUCCCAUCAGGUUUGCCAAGUUUAUGGAAGGUGAAUCGCAUUUGUCGGAUGACGAGUCGCGUGAACACGACGCCGAGAUCACAAGAAUUAUAGAGGAAUGCGAAUAUACGGACGAUGAGGACGAUUUCUGACGAAAUUUCCAUAGAGCACGUUCGUUAAAAAAAUUUAUCUACAAGUACAAAUUCCUAAAUGUUGAAGCACCGCGGAUUUCCGGAAUACAUACGUAUUUCGUGCAAUGGUCGUUUCGAGUUUAUGGAGAAACCGUUCCAUAAUUCGUAACGAUGCGAAUUGA